UGGAGUGGACAGAAGACCAUGAUAUCUUAAUGCUAAGAGAAAUGCUUGCUUGCAAAAAGGUAGCRUUACUCGARGUGAAACCUGGGAAAAUAUCAUGGCCAAUCUUAACAGGAUAGAGUCGCCACAAUUCAGGAUCAAAGAUAAGAGAGCAAUCAGGGACAGAUGGCAAUUACUAAGCCGAAAGUACAAAGCUAAAACAAGAGAUGAAGAGGCCGCCAGUGGUAUCUUAGUCGACGAACCUUCAGAAAAAGAAGUUCUGAUAGAGGAACUACUGGAUAGGGAAAGCACCACAGUAAGCCAAGAGUCCGCCGCUUCAAAAGCGACGAAAGACAAAGACCAAGCCGAAGAAGCGAGGAAGUCGGCGAUGGAAAGAAUGCGGCAAAAUAAGUGUAAGCAGAAGUUAAGUGAUGAUGAAGAUGAAAAACCGAAAAACUCCAAAAAAAGAUGUGCACAGCCGCUUGUAGAGUUCCUUCAAGAGAAAGCGAGUGAAGAUCAUGAGUUGCACGAGGCGUUGAUGGAGCUGAAGAAAAAAGAACAAGAAAAUCAGAACAAUCUGAUGAAAAGUAUGCUAGAAAAUCAGCAUCAAUUGAAUAGCAGUUUUGUGGAUGUGCUUAAAAAAUUUCUGUCAAAAGAUUAGAAUAAGGUAAAAAUUAUUUUUGAUGAUCAAUUURUAUUGGAGUGCUUUUGACUUGUAAAAUGUGUUAAUUUAUUGAGACUAUUUUCAUGAUUGGAUAUUUUAUUACACAUGCAUGCAUCUUGUUUAAAUUUUAAAAAUAAAUAUAUUUUAAAUUGAAUGUUUUCGCCUUCAUUUAUUGGAAAUAAUCUUCUAGCACUGGGGGUUCCAGGUCAAAAAACUGUGAAGUCGAAUUAGGAUAAAGGCAGGUUAUAGCAUUACGAAUUAAUGCACUGACUAUGUACAUUUUCUCUACACUACUUAAUUGACGUUUUAGGUUCUUUUUGAAGAAAAGCCGAAAAGCCAUUCUACUGAAACACGGACGGAACUCAUUGAGGCAUUGUAGUCUUUCAUUUGUUGCGUGAUCUGGCCAUGGYGAAAUGGAGUUUGCAAAUGAUUCCUUAAGGGGUAUGCGGGAUCUCCAUAAACACACAUUUGGGCACCAGUGGUUGAAUAAGCAAGUUGACGUAGAUCAUUCAGUAGUCCUGAAUCUGCUAACAUCCCUGCAUCAUGUUUUCUUCCCUCUGAAAAAAAAAUACGGUUCUUGUUCAA